CGUAGUGUCUCUCCCAGCUUGGUGGUUUCAAUAUGCGAGGGAGAAAAUAUUGGGGGGAGAGGUGGGGGAUUUCUUAUUUUUCUUUGUAAGCCCAUGACGUAGGCACGCAACGAGCGCACCGUGGUUACAGAAGCGAUGCCCGCCCAUCCGGCAUCCCUCUCGCCUCGGGAAGCAUUCUGUCCUCCUGACAGCACACGUCCGCAGCUCAUCGGCGAAACGAGGAAUCCCAGCAAAACAAGACAAAACAAAUUAAAAAUCAAGAAAAAGUCAUGGCUUCCCUCCACAACGUCCUCCUGCUCGGCGGCAACGGCAAGAUCGCCCAGCUCCUCACCCCAUUGCUUCUCCAGCGGUCGUGGAAUGUCACCAGCAUCAUCCGCGACCCCGCCCAGGUGGCGAACCUGCAGAAGCUCGGCGACGGCCUCGGCGGGAAGUUGAACGUGCUGGUACGGAGCUUGGAGGAGGUCACGAGCGACGCCCAAGCCAAGUCCCUCAUAGACGAGGUGAAGCCGGACUACGUCGUCUGGAGCGCCGGCGCCGGCGGGAAGGGCGCACCCGAGCGGACGUACAAGAUCGACCGCGACGCAGCGAUCCACUUCAUCCGCGCGUCCGUAGCGACGCCGUCGGUCACCAAGUUCGUCAUGAUCUCGUUCCUGGGAUCGCGGCUGGCGCGGCCGGCGUGGUGGAGCGAGGAGAUCUGGCAGCAGCAGCUGGCGACGUCGCGCAAGGCGCUGCAGAGGUACUACGAGGCCAAGGUGGCCGCCGACGAGGUGCUGUACGUCGAGGGCAAGAAGAGGCCCGACUUCGCCGGCAUCUGCCUGCGCCCCGGCCGGCUGACCACCGAGCCGGUCGGCAAGGUCGGCCUCGGCAAGCUGCCCGUCGCCAGCGGCACCUCGAGCCGCGCCUCCGUCGCCCACCUCACCGCCCUGCUGCUCGACGCCCCGAACGUCAAGAACUCCUGGCUCGACAUGCUCGACGGCGACGAGGACCCCGAGGCCGCCGUGAAGCGGUGCGUCGAGGAAGGGGUCGACUGCGCUGAAGGCGAACCGUUCUUCUAGUAGUGCACAAGUGGGGAGCUCGGCGUCGAUCUGCGCCCUACGGGCCCGACUUACAACUAUAACUAGUCACAGCUAGGAAUUAGACCAGUAGUUACGCGGUU